UCUUUUUUUUUUGCAUUCGGAUUUUGUCUUGAAGCGUCUCUUCUAUCUCUUUCACGAUCAGUUUCUUUUUGUUGUUCUGAAUUUGGCCGAUGACCCACGAUUCAAUCACCUUUGUUUGAUCUCCCGAGAUAAAUUUAUGGUUUUUGUCGUGUAAUUUUGACGUUUCCGUCAGGGAAUUCGAUUCCGCGGUCGCUUUGGUUGAGGGCUUUUCAACUUUGGAGACGAUUCUUUUUGGAGAUCCCUUAUUCGUGGGUUCCUUUUUUUUUUGUUGUUCUCUUCCUCUGCUUCGGCUUCUGCAGAAAAAAAGGGGCUUACUUUUGAGGAUAAGGGUUAAACCUUGGAGAGGAAAAAGUUGGAUUCUUUUUUUCAUGAGCAGGAGAGUAACUAUGUUCUUGGUCUCAUCUGAAAUUCUCUCUUUGGACGACCAUUUGUUGUCUCCUCUGCUGAUUUUUGGUCGUUCUGCGAGGAAAAUGCUCUCGACUUUCCUGUAAUUUUCUGGGGAUUCUGUUAGUUAUGGUGUAUGAUUCUAGGGCUUUUACCCGUAUGUUUGUUUUGGAGAAGAAAGCUAUUCAUUUGUAUCGGAUCGUGACACCGUGAAGACGCAGGCCAUUAGGGUGAGUCGAUUCUCUUCAGUUCUGCUGAAAUCAUGAAAUUCCUUGCAGUUUACUUCCAUUUGGCUUCUGCAUCUCCUGUUGUCAUGAUUCAUGAUUCGUGUUCAUGUUCAAGCUCAAGGUUUCUCCAGUCUUUGGUCAAUUUGCAGAUUGUAGAUUCCUUCUCGUCGCGAUGAGGAAUGAUAUUAUUGCUGAAGGGUUGGAGGCUUUGCCUCGUUCCUUCAAGAUGCACUCUUCAAUGUGCAUGAAACUGAGGAACUUAGUGGUUAGAAUCAUGAGGAUAUUUCCUGACAUAGAAGAGGCUCGACCAAGGUGCUUGUCGGGGAUUCAGACACUAUGCUUGCUGAACAAUGCACUGGAGAAAUCCAAGCUGCUUCUUCAAUAUUGCAGUGAAUCCAGUAAACUCUACAUGGCUGUAACAGGAGAUGCAAUACUCUCCAGAAGUUUAAGAGCGAAAAAUCUGUUGGAGCAAAGUUUAAGUGAGAUUCAAAACAUGGUACCGGUCGUUCUGGCUGUCAAGAUUUCUGAGAUCAUCCAUGAUCUUAGGUGUGGCAUGUUUAGUCUGGACCCGUCUGAAGAAGAUGCCGGAAAAGCUAUUGCAGAGAUGAUGAGACGGAGGGUUUCCUCGUCUGUUUCCUCGGAUGAUAUCAAAGAUUUCCAUUUCGCCGCUGGGAAACUUCAACUUUCAACUCCCAAAGCCAUUGUCAUCGAGAGAAGAUCCCUUAAGGUUCUUCUCCAGAAAGUAGGUGAAGACAACCUGCACAAAAGAAAGAUUCUGAGGUAUCUUCUCUAUCUUUUGCACAAUCUCGAACAGUUCAUUACUAGAGAUCAGAAAGAGGACUCUCACGAAGAAUUGUGUUCCGCCAAAUGUUCUGUAUCUGGAAAUGAUUCUCAAGUUGAGUUUUCCGAGGAACACAAGCAUCGUGAUCACGAGAGUUGUCUGCUUGUCAGUGCUACUCCGCCCGAGGAAUUUAUAUGCCCCCUGUCUCUGAGAAUCAUGUAUGAUCCUGUCAUCAUUUCCUCUGGCCAAACCUUUGAGAGGGUGUGGAUUCAGAAAUGGUUUGAUGAAGGUAAUGAUUCAUGCCCGAAAACUAAAACGAAACUGGACAAUCUUUUGCUGUACCCCGAUACAAGAAUGAAGGAUCUGAUAUCGAGAUGGUGCUCAAAGUAUGGAGUUAACGUCGAAGAUCCAGGGAAACAAUCUGAGGCUUUUCGCCGUAUGGACUUCUCAUCCAUCUCUAUUGCUAGUUUUGGUAGUUCCAUGUACAAUCUCCGGCUUCCAUCCGAUAUCAGCAGCAUAUCUAUUGGAGGAUCAGACGCGAGCUUCUCAGGCGAAACACCACCCAUAAGCAAAAUCUCAAAGGGUUCUGCCUUCACCGGUCAUAUGGGUUCGAGUCAUAGCGAGGUGGAGAUAGAGAUAGAUCCUCUGUGUGGACUCGAUGAUCUUGCAUGGGAAGCACAGAGAAAGGUUGUCAAAGAUGUAAGAAAUCGUCUUGAGCACAAUAGUCGAGCUUUUCCGGCAAUGUCUCCCCCGAAAUUUCUCAAGCCACUUGUUUCGUAUCUGAAGAAUGCCAACAACAUACAUUGCGUCGAAGACAUAAGGGCUGGAUUGGAUUUGCUACUGACAUUUCUUACCAAAAACAGAAAGGCUAUAGAAUCUUUGAACGAAGAUGCUUUUCGUCUGCUUUCGCUCUUUCUCGACUCAGAAGUAGCUGGAGAAGCUCUGAACAUAGUGGAAGUGCUGUCUGGUCACCCGCAUGGUCUGUCCAAAAUAGCCUUUUCAGGUUUCGUUUCAUCCCUUUUGAAGAUCUUCGAAUCUCAAGCCAUGGAUCUGCAGGAACAAGCCAUGAUUACUCUGCAGAACCUGUCUUCGAGCAAUGAGAUAUGCCUGGAAAUGGUGUCUCUCCAGUUUAUCCAGAAGCUGGCCUCUUUCUUACAACACAACAUGCUCAGGAAACACUCUGUCAUCAUCCUAAGAAAUCUCUGCGAUAUCGAGAAGGGUCGUGCUUCUGUUGUCAAGACAGCCGGGUGUUUGGCUUCGGUAGCUGAAUUGCUCGAGUCAGACAGCCAUGACGAGCAAGAGAACGCUGUCUCCAUCCUCCUCAUGCUCUGCAUGCAACCCGAUUACUGCUAUCUGGUAAUGGAUGAGGGAAUCAACGUUAUCCCUUCGCUCGUUUUCAUAUCCAACAACGGGAACGAUAGAGCCAAAGCGAGUGCUUCUGAACUGCUGAGGGUUUUACGAGAUGUGGAUUUCGGUAAAGGGCAAGGUUCAUCUGCCCCAGAAGAACCGGCUGUUCAACAUCAACAACACGUCACGAACUCGGUUUCUCAGAUUCCUACGCCGUCUCCCAAGAAAUCUGGUCUUUUUGGAUUCAAACUCUCAGUUCCUGUCCUGAAGAAGAAGAGAUGAUUGCCAUUUUUUUCUUCUGGGUGUUGCGAGAAGAACAGAUGCAAGGAACACAUCAGUUUUGGUCGGCCAUUUUGACUUAGUUUUGUGACUUGGGAAACAAGCAAAAGAACAGCUAAACUAGGGUUAUGUAUAUUGUUGUAAUAUAAUAUAGGAAGAAAUUGUUUAGGACAAUGGUCUGCCUGCCAUAUGUAAAUAGUAUAUGCAGUGAGAGUAUGCCCAUUGACCCGAUUUGAUUAUUUUGUGUAUGCAGAAAUUUGAAAUACAUUUGUAGAAUAUCCCCAUUCAUAAUUUACAGAGGUUAUGCCA